GUUACAUUCCAGCUGUUGGGAUUGGAGUUGGAAGUUCGGCGCUGACUCCCUCCCUCCCUCCCUAUUGUCUUUGGCGCGCGGUGACCCCUCCCCUCAUGUCAUGGCUUCUUCCGAUGUGGCUCGGCAGCUGUACUAUCAACCUGAUAUUGGAAUGAGAGGACCCUUGACUCCACCAGCAGAUAAUCAUGAUGCAGGAAAACAGAAUUGUCGAUCCUUAUUCUUGUCUGGCCAUGUUGGUUUUGAUAGUUUACCAGAUCAGUUGGUUAACAAAUCUAUCCAUCAGGGAUUUUGCUUCAACAUUCUCAGUAUUGGAGAGACAGGAAUUGGAAAAUCAACUUUGAUUGAUACCUUGUUUAAUACCUCUUUUGAUGACCGUGUGUCAACACACUUUCAGCCAAAUGUAAGACUUAAAGCUGAGACCUAUGAGCUUCAUGAAAGCAAUGUCCGGUUGAAGCUGACAAUUGUAAAUACAGUUGGAUUUGGGGACCAGAUAAACAAAGAUGAUAGUUACCAGCCAAUUGUCGAUUAUAUAGAUGCACAAUUUGAGGCCUACCUCCAGGAAGAGCUGAAAAUUAAGCGUUCCUUAUAUAAUUACCAUGACACUCGCAUCCAUGUAUGCCUAUAUUUUAUUUCACCCACAGGGCAUUCCCUUAAAACUCUUGAUUUGUUAACAAUGAAAAAUCUUGACAGCAAGGUGAAUAUUAUUCCAGUUAUAGCCAAAGCAGAUACAAUUUCUAAAUCUGAACUGCAGAAGUUUAAGAUCAAAAUCAUGAGUGAGCUGGUCAGUAAUGGAGUUCAAAUAUACCAGUUUCCAACAGAUGAUGAGAGCAUUGCUAAAAUUAAUGCUACCAUGAAUGGACACUUGCCAUUUGCUGUAGUGGGGAGUACAGAAGAGAUAAAGAUUGGUAACAAAGCUGUAAAGGCUCGCCAGUAUCCUUGGGGCAUUGUGCAAGUGGAGAAUGAGAACCACUGUGAUUUUGUGAAACUCCGGGAAAUGUUGAUUUGUACAAAUAUGGAAGAUCUCAGAGAACAGACUCAUAUGCGCCACUAUGAACUGUAUCGGCGAUGCAAACUGGAAGAAAUGGGUUUCCGAGACACUGGUCCAGAAAACAAACCUGUCAGUCUACAGGAGACUUAUGAAGCUAAACGACAUGAAUUUCUUGGUGAAUUAGAACGGAAACAAGAAGAAAUGAGACAAAUGUUUGUGCAAAGAGUCAAAGAGAAAGAAGCACUGCUAAAAGAAGCAGAACGAGAACUUCAAAUGAAGUUUGAACAUUUGAAACGACUACAUCAGGAGGAGAGAAUGAAAGUGGAAGAAAAAAGAAAGCUUCUGGAAGAUGAAAUUAUUGCAUUCAAUAAGAGGAAAGCUGCCUCAGACAUAUUGCAAGGGAGGCCUCUGCCUCCUACACCUACAACUGGUUUAAAAAAAGAUAAAGAUCGAAAAAACUCUGGCUUUAUGUGAAAUGAGAGAAGAAAUUCUUCACAAAUCUGAGAGGAAGAAAGAUGGAUUGUUACCCUCCUUUUUCUUAAUGCGUGUUCAUUUGAAAACUGACCGCUGCAACUGUAUUAAAAUAUAUAAUCAGUUCUGCAUACUGUACUAUAGGUUGCUGUCAGAUUAAGCAUUCACUCGAAUGGACUUUUUUUUUCAGCAGCUUGCACUUAAACUAUGUACUUUUGGCCAAAGGAAAUGCGCAUCAGGCUUUUGUACCAAAGAUCACCGUGCUAUGAACUAGGGCUGUGCAGGGCUUUGGAUCUCAAGGCAAAUAGCAGCUUCAGAGUGCCUCGGGGUAUAAGUGUAGCACCCGUCUGCCACUUGCUUUCUGCCAUUGCUCAGUGAGGGUGGAGCACGCUGCUCAAUUGCAAGAAAAGCCUUAAGGAAGCACAGGGAAGUGCUACAUUCACGCACCUGUGGGCUCAGGAGCACCUUUUGCCUUAGAACCUAAAGCACUUCAAAGUCCUGAUAUAAACGACUUUCAUUUAAGUUAUGAGUACUGUAGUAUAAUAGUAUUCAUUGACUACAUAUUAUAACUGUUUUAAAGAAUUUGUGCCUUUUUGAUCUCUUAGCUGUAUAACCUUUAAAGUGCCCUUUAUUGAACUGUAUAAAAUAUGUAAACCAAUAUAUUUUUAAAUGUGCACUUUGUAAUUUUGUAAUGAUGAUAAGCUUUAGAGUUAAAAUGGAUCAUGGUUGCCUUUACCAUUGCAGUAUUCAUGCAAGCGCAGGCAUUACUUGAAAACAGAUGCUGAAAAUUAGCUCGGUUGCAAGGGUGUCUUCUCUUUAAUCCACCUUCUCUUAUCUAUGGCUAAAUUACACAAUAUGAAGACUGGGAAUGGUCAUUUAAAGAAUUUGAUCUAGUUUUCAUGAAAAUCCUGACAACUUCAUAUUUAUUUAAACACGGCAUAUAACUUUCCUUGACAUGAGGCCUUCCAUCAGCUUUAAUUCUUAUGACUUAAUAUUAACUAGGUGCACAACUGGUAGAAGAAGAAAAUAAACUCAAACUAUGUUUUUUUUUUUUUCUGAAGUGAGCUUGAACAGGGUUGAAUCCCAUGCUUGCUUAUUUGGACAAAAGUUCUGUACUUCUGCAUAAAAAUGCAUACUGUUGUAUUCUUCAAAGUAGCAAUAACUUAAUUUUGAAAUUGUCACACUGCUUCGGCAACCAGUAGUUCUGGUGAUUCCUGUUUACUAAUAAGUAUAGCAGUUGCAUAUGUAAUCCUCAUAGAUUUCUGCUAACAUUUUUUAUAAAAUAAUCUUACAUGUAACUUGACAAAUAAAAUUAUUUGGUUAAACAAUUA